CCCAACACUAUCAUCAUGUCUGGCGGUCCGUUGACGGCCACUCCGGUGCUGACGGGUGUCCCCCAACACCAGGUGUCGGUCAUAUUGCCGAAAGUGACCCAAACGACGAGUUUCAACGCGGCUCAGGCCCAUCACGCGGCCAUCAACGUCGCUCUCACGGCGGCCGCCAAUCAGUCGCGCGCCGGCGGCGCCACUCAUCACGAUGUGGCGCACCCGACGCCCCAGCCGUCGGCCGUUAACGCGGUCUCCGCCGCCACUAACAGCGCUACCGUUGCCAACGGCUCGGCCACAUCGGCUGCUGCGGCCGCCGCGUCGGCCAACAACGCGGCCCAACCCGUGGAGUUUAAUCACGCCAUUAAUUACGUGAAUAAGAUUAAGAAUCGGUUCCAAAUGCAGCCCGAAAUCUAUAAGCAGUUCCUCGAAAUUCUUCACACAUAUCAGAAGGAACAGCGAUCUAUCAAAGAAGGAACUGCAGUUCAGGGCCAGAAAAUGUUGACCGAAACAGAAGUGUUCACUCAAGUGGCGAAACUGUUUCAAAAUCAAGAAGAUUUGCUCCAAGAGUUUAGUCAAUUCCUUCCGGACGCUAACGGAUCCAAUAUCCCGUCGAGCGGUGCGUCGCUGGCCCUNCUCCAAGAGUUUAGUCAAUUCCUUCCGGACGCUAACGGAUCCAAUAUCCCGUCGAGCGGUGCGUCGCUGGCCCUAACAGGUGUGAUGCCGGUAACGUUCGGCCACCCGUUGGCCCAUCAGGUGGACACCAUUACCCCUCACCCGACAGUUAACGAUCAUUCAACUAUUGUUAAGAAGCCAACCGUCGGCAGACCACUAGUUAGCGCUCAACCAUUUCAGCCUCGAAUUCAAUUGAAACGCUCACAACACGACUCACUAACACAUCACUCAUCUGUUAAGCGCCAGAAAAUGACAUCUCUUCGUGACGUAACUCUGGCUGAAGCGGGAAAAUACGGGUCACUUAACGAGUUUGCAUUCUUUGAUAAGGUGAGGAAAUCGUUGCGAAGUCAAGAGGUUUACGACAAUUUUCUCCGUUGUCUCGUCCUCUAUAACCAUGAGAUACUGUCGCGACCAGAACUCGUACAUCUCGUCACACCAUUCUUGGGAAAGUUUCCCGAACUCCUCAAGUGGUUCAAAGACUUCUUGGGCUACAAAGAGGGC